GCAAUUACCGCGAAAACUCAUCUCCUCAUUUCACUCAGUCUCUCAGCUGACUUAUUGUACAUACUUAUUAUAUAAACGAUACGAAGAAGACUACUAAAAACCUCAAAAGCAACAAGAAGUGAAAAGCUUGACUUGUUCUUCACACGCUCAUCGAUUCACAAAGAGAUAGAGAGAGAGAGAUAUGAACGCCGGCGGCCAAUUCACAGAUUUUCCGGCGGUGCCGACUCACGGAGGACAGUUCAUAAGCUACGAUAUCUUCGGUAGUUUAUUCGAAAUCACAUCCAAGUAUCGUCCUCCGAUUAUCCCAAUCGGUCGAGGCGCUUACGGAAUCGUUUGCUCUGUGUUGGAUUCGGAGACGAACGAGCUCGUGGCGAUGAAGAAGAUAGCGAACGCGUUUGAUAAUCACAUGGAUGCAAAGCGUACACUUCGCGAGAUCAAGCUUCUUCGUCAUCUAGAUCAUGAAAACAUUAUUGCUAUAAGAGAUGUGGUUCCUCCACCACUAAGAAGACAGUUCAGUGAUGUUUAUAUAGCAACUGAGUUAAUGGACACUGAUCUUCAUCAAAUCAUCAGAUCUAACCAGAGUUUGUCAGAGGAACAUUGUCAGUACUUCUUGUACCAGCUUCUUCGAGGGCUCAAGUACAUCCACUCGGCUAACGUUAUUCACAGAGACCUAAAGCCGAGCAAUCUUCUGCUUAACGCCAACUGCGACUUAAAGAUCUGCGAUUUCGGACUCGCUAGACCGACUUCAGAGAACGAGUUUAUGACCGAGUAUGUUGUCACGAGAUGGUAUAGAGCUCCUGAGCUUCUGUUGAACUCAUCAGACUACACAGCUGCUAUAGAUGUUUGGUCUGUUGGUUGUAUCUUUAUGGAGCUCAUGAACAGGAAGCCUUUGUUCCCUGGUAAAGACCAUGUCCACCAAAUGCGCUUAUUGACAGAGUUACUUGGCACACCGACGGAUUCUGAUCUCGGGUGUACUCACAACGAGGACGCGAAAAGAUACAUCAGGCAACUUCCCAACUUUCCUCGCCAGCCAUUAGCAAAAGUUUUCUCUCAUGUUAACCCAUUGGCUGUAGAUUUAGUUGAUAGAAUGUUGACGUUUAAUCCCAACAGAAGAAUCACUGUUGAAGAAGCUCUUAAUCACCAGUACCUUGCCAAAUUGCACGACCCAAACGAUGAGCCAAUAUGUGAAAAGCCAUUCUCGUUUGAGUUUGAACAACAGCCUCUAGAUGAGGAACAGAUAAAAGAGAUGAUCUACAAGGAAGCUAUAUCACUCAAUCCAACAUAUGCUUAGAAGAGCAGCAACUCCGUGAAUCGCUGCUUUGUAUCUUUGCUUGUUCUUUUAUUCAUGUACUUCUAUGUAUGUAAACUUGUAAUCCUAUUUGUUUGUUCGUGUUUUGUUACUGCUAGUGAUUGAAUGUAGCUCAUAUGUAAAGUAUCCCAGCUUUAAAAGUAACUUUUUUUACUUCAUA